CGGGAAGUCACGGGAGCCCUCCGUCUGCAAACACGUGGACUAGAGGGCCGCCCCCAGGAGGGAGUGGGGCUUUUGUUUUUUUGGCUGCAAAUCGGCUUCAUGCUCUGCAGCUGAUCCAUGGCAGAAAUAGUGGAGUUCCGCGUCCCGGAUGGAAACGGACGGACCCUGCUCGUUUUGGGAUUGGAGACAGACGCGUCAGAGGCAAGAUCGCAGAAUUGUAGAGGGGAACCCCGAGGGUCAUCUAGUCCAACCCCCUGCAAGGCAGCAAUAGUUUUCUAUUUCCUUGGAUUUGCCCUGUAUUUGGGUGGGUUAUUCAGGUAUUCGGGUGGGAAACCUUCGGCGCCCGACAUGCAUGCAUGCUUUCAGGGGCGAGAGAGGGUUUCUUUGCAGACCUCUUCAGACAUUCGGGGCUGCUCGUGAACACGUGUCGGGACGCACUGUGUCCGCUUGCCCGGGGCUAAGAACUGCCCUCGCUUUGGCUCUGCUUUAAAAAAAAUGAAAUGAAAAAAUAGCGUUUAUGCUGCGGGGGACCUGGCACACAAAUUUCUUUGAAUCGUUUGGAAGCGGAACUGAAUUUGAAAAGGCUCGCGCGAGGAGCUAUCGCUCCUGUCCCGCCUCCGCUGGAUCCGUGUACGGAUGAACGUCGGGAUGGGCAGCAGACGCGGGACUGGCUAACCUCCGCCUGGGCCGGAACUCUUCGAGCGGGGCUGGGGAGCCCGGGGGACCUUUCGCCGUUGGCGCACUGUUGUUGGACUACAACUCCCAUCAUCCCUGACUACCGGCUGUGCUGGCUGCGGCUGGCGGAAGUUGUAGUCCAAUAAGAUCAGGAGGCCCGCUGAUUCCUUGUCCGUGAUUGGAAGCAGCUUUUGAAUCGGUCUUCGCGCUUUGGAGUAACGACCGGUUCCUGGCUUUGUAAAACGGAUCAGAAACACCUUUGCUUAUUCCAGCAUUUUAUAGAUAUUUAUCCUAGGACGAUAUACGAUGCAGUUUAGGAAUCAAAACAACGAUAAAAUGUGCAAUAAGCCAGUUAAAGGCAAUCAACCAUUAGCACAACACACAACUGAAAUAAGCAAUUAAAACAAUAAAGUGAAAACAACCGCCCUCUUAAUGCUGUUUCUCAGUACAUAGCAUUAAAAAUGCCCCAAGAAAUAAAAUAUGGAUUAGCCUGAUACUUGAUAAAAAGGGGGGUGCCUUAAGGAAGCAGCUUCACAAUGAAGUUGCAAUCUCAGCUGUUGGUGCUCUGAGAGGAGCUGCUGUGGAAAAUCUUAGUGCCUGGGCAAGUUGAUGGGGAGAAAGUGGUCUUUAGGGUGCCCCAUCCCAAGCUGUGAAAGACUAUAAACAUAGCUGUCAACUUUUCCCUUUUCUUGCAAGGAAUCAUACUCGGAAUAAGAGAAUUUCCCUUUAAAAAAGGGGAAAGUUGACAGCUGUGACUAUAAAGGUCAAAAGCAGCAUCUUGAAUUGGACAAAAUAUCAAGAGGUUGAAUGCUAUCACCUGAGGACUGAACCGAGACAAAGGAUUGUAGCAUGUUAUAUGGGCACAGCCCCUGUUAUUUUCAAUGGAGUUUGCUCAGGAGAUGUUCUGGUAGGUUGUGCCCCAUGGAUCUACCUUUUACUCUGCCAUAGCACCCAGAAUCUUACGCUGCAAAGACCUCAUGCUAUGCUAUGCUAUGCUAGUAGAUUUUCUAGCUUUGCUUUUUCCAAUGGAAUUUUUUCCCCUUCCCUUCCAGCAUGCUCUGUAUUUAACCUUCUCUGCAUUUGGCCCGCUCUAUUCCGUGAGGGUUCACCAAAAUGCUCCAGUCGCUGGGCCUGGCUAUUAUGCCCUUGUGAAGUUCUACUCUGCGAGAGAUGCCAGCAAGGCACAAUGUGCUUGUAACCAGCGGCCCCUGUUUCAGAAAUCCCCUUUGAAGGUAUCUGACCAACGCUGAAUCUUAAGACUGUGUCUAUGUUACAGGUGUUUUCCCUACAGAAUAGUCGGUGUGCGCUUAUGAGUAAAUUCUAAUGCAACGAGGUAGUUUUCCCCUGGGGUUAGAAACAGGAUGUAGAAGGUGCCAUGACUGGAAUUUCUGACAUCUUUUUAUUUUACCAAAAGCAGCCACAAAGCUUCUCCAACUGCCACAUAACACUCUGGUCCUGUGCCCCCAUCCCAAUUCAAGUGGGGACUCACACAGCUGCUUUUUUGGUGGGGGUGUAAAAUAAAAACAUGUUGCACGUUUUAAUCACAGAGGUUUCACAUCAUGUAUAGUUUGACUGUAAAAUCAAUAGCACUAAGCACAGCUCAGCAUCCCCCAUCUCACACAUUAUAGUAGGUACAGUGAUACCUCGGGUUACAUACACUUCAGGUUACAGACUCCACUAACCCAGAAAUAGUACCUUGGGUUAAGAACUUUGCUUCAGGAUUAGAAGAGAAAUCGUGCUCCGGCGGCGCGGCAGCAGCAGGAGGCCCCAUUAGCUAAAGUGGUGCUUCAGGUUAAGUACGGACCUCUGGAACGAAUUAAGUACUUAACCCGAGGUACCACUGUACUGUCCAUUUUGGGUUCUUGCAGUUUCUCAUUCCCCCCCAUUGUUAAGUACUCCUAGGGUAACCCCUUAGACCAGCCUUUCUCAACCUUGGGUCCCCAUAUGUUUUUGGCCUACAACUCCCAUCAUCCCUGACCACUGGUCCUGUGCGCUAGGGAUCAUGGGAGUUGUAGGCCAAAAACAUCUGGGGACUCAAGGUUGAAAACCACUGCCUUAGACCUUCCCCCUUCCGUGUCAUGCUGCUACAGAUCCCAAGGCCAGGAAGCAGUUCUUUCCUCCUCCUGCGACUCUUCAUACUGAUGGGUGGGGUGGCAACAGCUUCUUAAUGCAAAGAAAAGGCAAGAUUGUAAAACCAUUGUAAGGCUUUGCUUUGUGUUAAAAAAAACCAAAGCAAAUGGGAGAAUGUUCUGAAAUAAUAACAACAACAACAAUUAUUAUUAUUAUUAUUUUAUUUAUACCCCACCCAUCUGGCUGGGCUUCCCCAGCCACUCUGGGCGGCUUCCAAAAAAAUAUUAAAAUACUGUAAUACAUCAAACAUUAAAAGCUUCCCUAAACAGGACUGCCUUCAGAUGUCUUCUAAAAGUCUGGUAGUUGUUGUUCUCUUUGACAUCUGGUGGGAGGGUGUUCCACAGGGCGGGUGCCACUACCGAGAAGGCCCUCUGCCUGGUUCCCUGUAACUUGGCUUCUUGCAGUAAGGGAACCGCCAGAAGGCCUCGGUGCUGGACCUCAGUAUCCGUUCAGAACGAUGGGGGUGGAGACGCUCCUUCAGGUAUACUGGGCCAAGGCCAUUUAGGGCUUUAAAGGUCAGCACCAACACUUUGAAUUGUGCUCGGAAAUGUACUGGGAGCCAAUGUAGGUCUUUCAAGACCAAUGUUAUAUGGUCUCGGCGGCUGCUCCCAGUCACCAGUCUAGCUGCCGCUUUCUGGCUUAGUUGUAGUUUCCGGGUCACCUUCAAAGGUAGCCCCACGUAGAGCGCAUUGCAGUAGUCUAAUGGCUCUUGAUGCAAAUAGUUGAAAUGCCAUCGCUUCUUGUCUUCACCUGUGGAAGAAAAGAUGAUGAUGACUGUGGGUUGUUAUCACCUGGGACGUCUUUUUCUUCCCCCACCCCUUCCAUGCCCAGGUUUGCCUCUGUACCAGACAGCGACCCUUUUCACAGAAAGGCUUGGGUUUGAGCAGCUACAGAUGCCGGGAAUUAGCCAAUCACUUCCUUGGUUUCAACAGCUGGUCCAGUCGUAUCAUCACGGUAAGGAUGGUCUGCUGUUUGCACUUGGGUUUCUUGUUUUCACUCCCACUUUCAUAUGAGAUGCUAAGUCUGCUAAGUGUCACGGCUUCCCUCCAAGGCAGGCUUCCUCAACCACGGCCCUCCAGAUGUUUUGAGACUACAGUUCCCAUCAUCCUUGACCACUGGUCCUGAUAGCUAGGGAUCAUGGGAGUUGUAGGCCCAAAACAUCUGGAGGGCCGAGUUUGAGGAAGCCUGCUCUAAGGCAGUGGUGGCCAAACAUGGCCCUCCAGCUGUUUUGGGACUACAACUUCCAUCAUCCCUAGCUAACAGGACCAGUGGUCAGGGAUGAUGGGGAUUGUAGUCCCCAAACAGCUGGAGGGCCAAAUUUGGCCACCACUGCUCUAAGGGUUGGGAGAAAAACAAGUAGAGUCUGACGGUUGUCGGCCACUUAUAUAAACAGUUACAUUGGGGUUUGCUACCUAUGUGUCAGGCGGCAGACGAUGCAAGCCCCAGGGCAGGCUGCCAGAAACGGAUAAGACAAAGAAGAGUUCUUACCAACUGCUUUUUAUUCAAUAUUCAUAGAGAGAGGCUUGGAAAUGCAGCCUUUUGGAAUAAUGGCAUUGCCCCAAGUGAGUCUCCACUGUCUCCCUCUCUCAUGUGUCAUAGCUACGGGUGCUGCUAUGUGCCCUCUGCCUUUGAGCUCUUUGCUCUCCUACUUUCAAUGCUCUCCGGGUUCUGGGAGAGGGUGUGUGUGUGUCUGGAAUGCUUUCUAAAGACACCGUGUCUGUCAGCUGUCACCCCUCUGGUGGUGCUGCUACUUCCUCCCCCUCCUCUCCCAUUAUUUCCCAGCUUUCCCCCUCAUCUGCCUCUGAGCUGUGAUCUCCCUCAAUCACCUGUUGUACAGUGGUACCUUGGGUUAAGUACUUAAUUCGUUCUGGAGGUCCGUACUUAACCUGAAACUGUUCUUAACCUGAAGCACCACUUUAGCUAAUGGGGCCUCCUGCUGCUGCUGCGCCGCCGGAGCACGAUUUCUGUUCUCAUCCUGAAGCAAAGUUCUUAACCUGAAGCACUAUUUCUGGGUUAGCGGAGUGUGUAACCUGAAGCGUAUGUAACCUGAAGCGUAUGUAACCCGAGGUACCACUGUAAUUCCAAACUGUCUUCUUCUCUGGGAAGGUCAGACUGGGGAGGUGGUCUCCACCAUUCUUCUUCUGCCCAGUCCCUGACAUCAUGAGAGGCGGCAAACAAAUAAUAUCUUAUUUUUUAAAAAAGGCUGUCCAUUGUAAGCUUUAUAGGACGUGCUCGAAGUGGGAUGGGGUGGGUUGGCACUAUUAUUCUUAUUAUUACAUGUAUUCAUCACUCAAAAUGGCUUACAAUUGUAAAAAAAAGCAUACAAGUACAAAAGGUUAAAACAACAAAUUUUAUUUACUAAAAAUGUUCAUCUUGCAAUACAGUGGUACCUUGGGUUACAUACACUUCAGGUUACAGACUCCACUAACCCAGAAAUAUUACCUCAGGUUAAGAAUUUUGCUUCAGGAUGAGAACAGAAAUCGUGCUCCGGCGGCGCGGCAGCAGCAGGAAGCCCCAUUAGCUAAAGUGGUGCUUCAGGUUAAGAACAGUUUCAGGUUAAGUGCAGACCUCCGGAAUGAAUUAAGUACUUAACCUGAGGUACCACUGUAAUAUAAAAAGGGACAAAUCUUACCCAGCCCCACCAAAAAAAGAUGAGGAUCACAACAGGCUAGGGUAUCAUCAUACCAUAUGAUCCUAAUUAAAAAGCAAAUGCCUGGCAUUUUAACGUUGAGAAUGAUCCUUCCAUUCCACUUUUCAAGCAGACCAAUCCUCUCUCUCUUCUUUUCAGGGAGAUGUAAACAGUCUUGUCUCACCAGCUCAACUUCUUCCACUUCAGGCAUCGCUUUUAGGGGCCCACAAAUCUCAGCUGCUCUUAGUAGCCAGCCAUUUUUGAUGUUGUCACCAGUUGCUAAUUGCUCCCCUCUCCUGGGUCUUCUAGCAUGUUCAGGGUGGAGUGCUGAGAGGUCAACCUCUCAUUUUGCAGUGAGCUGGGAGAGAUGCUCAGGUGCAGUGAAAAUCUCUCUCGACUUGUGAAAGUCUCCAAAACUCAGUGUUAACUUGUGAGAACAACUCUCCCCUUCCGCUGGGCCCUAGAGGAUGAUGGGGGCGCCCUACCAAUUACCUUCACUGCUUUUGACCACCACCCCAAACCUUGGUCAAGAAGAGAGGGAGAUACUGUGAAAAAUAAAUACAGUCAUACCUCAUGUUACUUUUGCUUCAUGUUACGUUCUUUCAGGUUACGUCCUGCGGCAACCCGGAAUUACCAGAAAGGGUUACUUUUGGGUUUCGCCGCUCGCACAUGCGCAGAAGCGUAAAAUGAUGUCAUGCGCAGAAGCGCUGAAUCGCAACUCACAUGUGCGCAGACGCACCACUGCAGGUUGCGCUCUUUUCAUGUUGCGAACAGGCCUCUGGAAUGGAUCCUGUUCGCAGCCAGAGGUACCACUGUGAAAGCAUUAUGUAAAAAGAAGAAGAUAAACUGGAACUCUGAUUGUGCCAGAGGACUUGGAAGAGAAAUCUUAUUUUGUGGUUGCAUAAAAAUAUUACUGGUUGCUGGUGGCAACCUGGCAACUGCAUUUUUUGAGUCCUGGCAUGCAGAAAGAUUCCCUGGAAUUAUGAAGGGACAGGGGAGCAACUUUUGGGGUAGCUAAAAACAGCUGGACCAUUUGCUAACACAGUUUCUGUUGGGAGCAGCUCCAGAACAUAUCUGGUUUUGAAGACGAGGAGAAUGACGUGGAAGAAGUGAGGACAUCGCCCAGGAGCAGGAAUGCCAAAUAUCUGUGUAUCCAAGAAUUAACCUUCCCCCGAUAUGGGAUCCGCACCAGAGGGAUUGGUCUGGCUGAGCUUAAUGUAGAUCCCAGCCAAGGUAAUAUGGGGCAGGGUGGGAAGACAGAAUGAAACAAGAAGUAUAAAAGUGUGGUUGUUAUUAAUUAUGUGGUCAGUAAGAACAUUGAUAAGGGUGGCGCUGUGGGUUAAACCACAGAGCCUAGGACUUGCCGAUUGGAAGGUCGGCAGUUCGAAUCCCCGCGACGGGGUGAGCUCCCGUUGCUCGGUCCCUGCUCCUGCCCACCUAGCAGUUCGAAAGCACGUCAAAGUGCAAGUAGAUAAAUAGGUACCACUCCGGCGGGAAGGUAAACGGCGUUUCCGUGCGCUGCUCUGGUUUGCCAGAAGCGGCUUAGUCAUGCUGGCCACAUGACCCGGAAGCUGUACGCUGGCUCCCUCGGCCAGUAAAGCGAGAUGAGUGCCGCAACCCCAGAGUCGGUCACGACUGGACCUAAUGGUCAGGGGUCCCUUUACCUUUUAAGAACAUUGAUCAGGAAGAGGGUUAUUGCUUGAGCCUGAAGAACCAGGAUCCUGGACAAUGGGUUUGGCUGAAAGGUGGCGACUAACCCGUAGUCUCUUUGCUGCACGCUGCAGCACAAAAGACAGCAGUGUAGACAAGAUUUGACUGGACUCUUUUGUGUUCUUCAGAUUUUUGGUUUGUAAAGUACGUAAGAGAUCACAGGGCAAACCAAAAAAUCAAUGAAAAGGUACAGGAUUUUGCAAUUGUGGCAAAAAUGACUUCUUUUUUAAGAUCUCAAGAGAAAGAAGACAGAGACAAGAUAACUUUUGGGCACAAUGGCAGAAAUUCAUUGCUUAUACUGAGAUGUUGUUUAGAACCAACGGAGACCUAAGAGUUUACAAUGUAUUAAUAUUUUGGGAAGUCAAAUUAUGGAAGAAAUCGUGGACAUUCCUUAUUAUGACAAAUAUCUAGUCAAAUCUGGAAAUGUGUAGUCAUAGUUUUCUCCCUCCCCUCCUUUCUUUUUAGUAGGAACGUAUAAAAAAUAUCCUUAUAUUUAUAUUAUAACUAUAAUGACCAUCUGGAGUUUCAUUGUGCAUUUUGUUAAUGAUUAAAGAUACUCCUUUGUAAUAUUAAAGGUAAAGGGACCCCUGACCAUUAGGUCCAGUCGCGGCUGACUCUGGGGUUGCGGCGCUCAUUUCGCUUUAUUGGCCGAGGGAGCUGGCGUACAGCUUCCAAGUCAUGUGGCCAGCAUGACUAAGCCGCUUGUGGCGAACCAGAGCAGCGCACAGAAAUGCCGUUUACCUUCCCGCCGGAGUGGUACCUAUUUAUCUACUUGCACUUUGUGCUUUCGAACUGCUAGGUUGGCAGGAGCAGGGACUGAGCAAUGGGAGCUCACCCCGUCGCGGGGAUUCAAACCGCCAACCUUCUGAUCAGCAAGUCCUAGGCUCCGUGGUUUAACCCACAGCGCCACUGGCCUCCCUUUUGUAAUAUUACGGAUUUAAUUAUUUUCUUUGAUAUCACAGACAUCUGGAAUAAUAUUAAAGUGGGUUAGUGUUUCAGGUCCAACAUUAUAAGGACAUUCAAACUGCUACGGCUUAAAGCAUUGAUUAGUUCAGAGGCUGACAGCAGCUGGCUGGCAGGCAGAUGUAUCGUGAAACAAUCUGGUCUUCUGCUGGCUUCUGUCUUUCAGAGUUUCUCCUGGCCGCGAACAACAUCCAGAAGCUUGCCGUGCAUCGAGCCCUCUCAGAUGCAUUUCAGAAGAUUCUCAUUAUAGUUCUAGGCAAGUCUCUUUAUUUUUGUUUAUUUUUUCAUAUAUACUUUCUGUUUGCUCUUUCUUGGGGCACACAUUUGUCUCCCUGGAAAUGGACUCCCUUGGGAGGUUGUGGGCUCCUUCCUUGGAGGUUUAUAAGCAGGGGGGGGCGGGCAACUGUCCACCCAAUCUGGUGGAACGCUCUGUCACAAGAGACUAGGGCCCUGCGGGACUUGACAUCUUUCCGCAGGGCCUGCAAGACAGAGCUGUUCCACCAGGCCUUUGGCCAAGGCACAGUCUGACCCCCUCCUUUGGUAAUCCUCACAGAGCUCUAGCCCAAUGGUUGCCAUUAAUUUGAUUUUGAAUUGAUUUUAGAAUGAAUUGAUUUUAGAACAUUGUGUUACUUUUAUUGUUGUCAGCUGCUCUGAGCCCGGCUUCAGCUGGGGAGGGCGGGAUAUAAAUAAACAAAUUAUUAUUAUUAUUAUUAUUAUUAUUAUUAUUAUUAUUAUUAUUAUUAUUGAUCUACCUGAGAUUCCUGCAUUGCAGGGGGUUGGACUAAAUGACCCUCAGAGCUCCUUCCAGCUCUACAAUUCGAUGACUUUAUGAAAUGUAAAAUAAUACUUUUAAUUCUGAAAUCAUAUGUUAAUCCUGCAGGAGGAAUUCAACAUAGCACUAAGGAGACAAGUAUUUCUGUUUGCCUGAUGGAAUGAGCUCCUCUCUCCAGUGUUGUGGUUCUGGGGGUUCCACCACCACCCAGAGCCAAUUUCAGGGAGUGGACUGGAAGAUGAGGAGGGGAAGCUCUAUUGGGCUAGCGGAAGUCCUCUCACAGGCUUCUGCUAGUGGGUCUGUCCAGUUUAGGCUUCCUCAACCACGGCCCUCCAGAUGUUUUGAGACUACAAUUCCCAUCAUCCCUGACCACUGGUCCUGCUAGCUAGGGAUCAUGGGAGUUGUAGGCCAAAAACAUCUCGAGGGCCGAGGUUGAGGAAGCCUGGUCUAGUUGAAUCUGGUACUGUAUCAAUAAAACCCUAAAUAAAUAUCAAGUACGUCAGAAAUAGGACGUGGAUGGUGCUGUGGGUUAAACCACAGAGCCUAGGACUUGCCGAUCAGAAGGUUGGCGGUUCGAAUCCCCGCGACGGGGUGAGCUCCCGUUGCUCGGUCCCUGCUCCUGCCAACCUAGCAGUUCGAAAGCACAUCAAAGUGCAAGUAGAUAAAUAGGUACCGCUCUGGCGGGAAGGUAAACAGCAUUUCCAUGCGCUGCUCUGGUUCGUCAGAAGUGGCUUAGUCAUGCUGACCACAUGACCCGGAAGCUGUACGCCGGCUCCCUCAGCCAAUAAAGCGAGAUGAGGGCCGCAACCCCAGAGUCGGCCACGACUGGACCUAAUGGUCAGGGGUCCCUUUACGUUUACCUUACGUCAGAAAAUAAUACAGAAAGCUUUUUCCUUGUUUUAGCUUGUUCAAGCUUGACCACAUUUGCUUGACUGUUUUCAGAGAAUGGGAAGGUAGCUGUGGAGUACAGCUGUCCCCAGGAAGACCAUGUUGACCUUUUAACAGAAGAGGAACUCAAAGGUCUCAUCCAGGUAAUCUGGAACACUAUCUAAUGUACAGCGUCAGAUUGCUGUGAUCUGUUAAACUCAGUUUUUGGGCACCGUAGCUUCAUAGGAGAGAGUGAUCAGAGAAAAUAUGGCUUCUCUGUUGUUAGAAAGUUGAGAAAAUCCGCUGAGGAUGAACUGCUUGUCAGGUUCGCUUAGGAACCCAGAUGGCUGGCUUUGCAGAAGAGUAAACCACAGAGCCUAGGACUUGCCGAUCAGAAGGUCGGCGAUUCGAAUCCCCGCGACGGGGUGAGCUCCUGUUGCUCGGACCCUCUCCUGCCAACCUAGCAGUUCGAAAGCACGUCAAAGUGCAAGUAGAUAAAUAGGUACCGCUCCAGUGGGAAGGUACCGUAUUUUUCGCUCCAUAGGGCGCACCUACUUUUAAGAGGGGGAAAUCAAGGAAAAAAAUAUGAUUCCCCCCCCCCCCAGCUCUGGGAGCAGUGGACAGUGCGCUUCUCCCAGACCUUCUUCCUGCUUUUGCGGGAGGUGGGGGAAUUCCACCAUCUCCCGCAAAAGCCCACAGUAGCCACGCACCCUUUAAGGAGCGCAUGGCUCCUGCGGGCUUUUCUACGAGGAGGGAGAAGGGACUGACGCGGCCAGCCAGUCCCUUGUCCAUCCUCUGGGAAAAGCCCCCAAGAGCGGCGCGCUCUUUAAAGGGUGCGUGGCUCCUGCGGGCUUUUCUGUGAGGUGGGUGAAUUCCCCCACCUCGUAGAAAAGCCAGCAAAAGCCGCGCACCAUUUAAAGAGCACGCGGCUUUUGCGGGAGGUGGGGGGAUUUCCCCCCACCUCCCGCAGAAGCUGUGCGCUCUUUAAAGGGUGCGUGGCUCCUAUGGUCUUUUCUGCGAGGUGGGAGAAGGGACGGAUGCGGCCAGUCAGUCUCUUCUCCCUCCUGGGGAAAAGCCCGCAAGAGCGCACGAAGCUUGUGUGCAGCUCUUGGGGGCUUUUCCAGCCUGCCUCCCCCCCCUGCAUUCGCUCCAUAGGACGCACACACAUUUUCCCUUGCUUUUUAGGAGGGAAAAAGUGCGUCCUAUAGAGCGAAAAAUACGGUAAACAGCGUUUCCCUGCGCUGCUCUGGUUCGCCAGAAGCGGCUUAGUCAUGCUGGCCACAUGACCCGGAAGCUGUACGCUGGCUCCCUCAGCCAAUAAAGCGAGAUGAGCGGCGCAACCCCAGAGUCGGCCACAACUGGAUCUAAUGGUCAAGGUUCCCUUUACCUUUAGGUGGCCUCUAGCCGGUGAUGGACAUCCCGUCACCUGGCUUUUGAGGCCAAGAGGAUUGCUGGCUGUUGCAGAAAACUCUCAGCUGGAGUCUUAACUCAUUUGGUUGGCAUCCUGGGUUGCACAGAGACCCAGUGUCUGAACCAUAGGGCUCUGUUUUCAAGCCCUGUGGCGUCUAAUAGAUCAAAACAAAAGGAAGUACAUCUUCAUCAAUGCAAUGAGUUAACUUUUGGCUUUCAUUUUGCAAAGAUGCUAAAGCAGUCGCUAUUAGCAUGUGUGUAUCCCCCAUCUUAGGGACGCGGGUGGCGCUGUGGUUUAAACCACAGAGCCUAGGACUUGCUGAUCUGAAGGUCAGCAGUUCGAAUCCCUGCAACGGGGUGAGCUCCCGUUGCUCAGUCCCUGCUCCUGCCAACCUAGCAGUUCAAAAGCACAUCAAAGUGCAAGUAGAUAAAUAGGUACCACUCCGGCAGGAAGGUAAACGCCGUUUCCGUGUGCUGCUCUGGUUCGCCAGCAGCGGCUUAGUCAUGCCGGCCACAUGAUCCGGAAGCUGUACGCCGGCUCCCUUGGCCAAUAAAGCAAGAUGAGCGCCGCAACCCCAGAGUCGUCUGCGACUGGACCUAAUGGUCAGGGGUUCCUUUACCUUUUUAUCCCCUCUCAUGCUCAGAUUCACAGUGGUUUUCAACUGGGGAGAGCUCUUCUCGUCUAAUCCAUCAAAGCAAUUUCUGUUUAUUUUAUUUUUUUAGGGAUUCUGCAGCCUUGGCAGAUCCUGUCAGAUCGAGCUCCUUUUUAGUUGCAUGUGGGGCAGGGUGAAAGCAGAAUGAGAGCAAGGGAAAGGUGACUGGCGUAUUUCAAAAGCCAAUUCCUGAUUGCUCAGGCCCACAUGCAAGCCUGCCCCCCCCAAAAAAUCACCCACUGUGGGGAGAAAAGGAUCAUGGAUGUACAGCACCAGGCACAGAUAUUGAAAAUACAGUUUUAGCAGCUCCAGUAUGCGUACCCAGCAUACAUUUAAAAUACACGAGUUCCACCCAAAAUUUUUUUUUUAAAUGGGAAGAGUAAUUCAUUAAGGGUCCUAGCAAUUGUAGCUGUAUGAGGGGCGUACAGUUCUGGAGGGGAAAUAAUGUGCUUUCAAUGUAUGCUGUGUACACAGCCCCAGUCUGUGAAAUGUAAGUUUUAAUGUAUUUUUAUUAAAGAUUUUCUUGAUUUACAAAGCUAUUUGCAAUGUCUCUCUCUCGUAUUUUUUUCCUCCAUAUAUUUUUUUUUAUUUUUUUUUUACAAAUCGGUUUCAUUUGUUGAGACAUUAGGAAGAAUAGGGGGAAAGAGGUGGAGGGGAGGGAAGAUGAGUGGGGUUGGGGUUGGGUGGUGAUGUUUCCAUUUUACUUAAUAUAUGUGGGGUUUGGUGUCAGCGUUGCUUGUGCAGGUUCUUUGCUGUUCGCUUGUGUUCCUUUGGUGGUGAGAGAGGCUGGGGUUGGCCUAGGGUGUGGUUGUGCAUUUGUGGUUGGCUGUGGUGAUCUUUGUUUUCAUGUGUGAGUGGGGUGGGUGGGUGUUUUGGAUCAGGUUAGCCAUAUUGAUUUGUAUGCUGUUGGUGGAUUUUUGUCGUCGUCUUGUUGGGCUGUGUCAGUUUCAGUUUAUUGGUUACCGUAUUUUUGCUCUAUAAGACUCACUUUUUCCCUCCUAAAAAGUAAGGGGAAAUGUGUGUGCAUCUUAUGGAGCGAAUGCAGGCUGCGCAGCUAUCCCAUAAGCCAGAACAGCAAGAGGGAUUGCUGCUUUCACUGCGCAGCGAUCCCUCUUGCUGUUCUGGCUUCUGAGAUUCAGAAUAUUUUUUUUCUUGUUUUCCUCCUCCAAAAACAUGGUGCGUCUUGUGGUCUGGUGCAUCUUAUAGAGCGAAAAAUACGGUAAUUUUUCUAGUAAGGCUGUUUCCCAUGCUAUUUGGUACCACUGGUCCACUGUGAAAUGUAAGUGAUCCAGAUUGUGCAGAAUAACAAACGCUUCCUUCUCUUCCCAGGUGACUGAAUUAUCACUCUCACAGUUAAGUCCUGUAGAGGAAGAGGAGCUCUCUUGAUUUUAGCAUGCAUUGAAAAUAGCACCUGGUGCCCACAGAGUAAUGCCUUUAAAGGAGGAUAUUUUACACCUGUUGAGUCCUCUCUGCUUUGAAAGGGCAACUGCUGCAUCUGAAGCUCAUGACAUUAUUGGAAGUCCCAUUUUGUUGUUUGCCGUGGUUGCAGAUGUUGAUUUCCAUAAAUUGACAUCUGCUUAUCAAACGAUUGCCUAUAAUUGCCUAUUUAUUUUUAGCGAAGUGGGGUGAUUCCCUCCUCACCAAUUUAGUCUCUUUUUUUUCUAAUAAAUUGGUUCCUGAAAAAAA